UGUAAUCUAGCUAAAGUCACCCAGGCAGAAUCAGAAAAAUGUAAUGCAAAUCAAUGUGAUUCACAGAAGCAGGUUUAUCUAUGUGGUACUGUGUGUAACCUUGGGAUGGUCAGGAGCUCACCAUUUUUACUUAAAACGCAAUUUAUUCGGAGUUAUAUAUCUUCUAUCCUUUGGGCUGUUUGGCAUAGGUUGGCUUUAUGAUCUAUUUAGGAUAAACAGUCUCCUUCUUGAUUAUGAGCUCAACUUCAGAGGGCAGGCCUUACUCAGACAUGAUGACAUGAAGCUGCUGACUUGGUGUUUAGGAUUCACUGGUCUACAACAUUUCAUAUUGAAGCGUUAUGCUUGUGGUUUUUACUUUUUAUUUACCUUCGGUGGACUGGGAGUUGGCUGGCUAAUGGACUUGUUCAGGAUACACCUUCUAACAGAGAGUUACAACCUAAAGGGAUAUCAAAGGAUGUCACGCAUCACUGACCAUCAGCUUACUGAUGCGUACAUAUACUGCCUACCCUUUGGGUUCCUAGGGCUUCACCACUUCUACUUAUCACGUCCAAAGUGGGGCAUAUUCUACCUAAUGACACUGGGAAAUUUUGGUGUAGGUUGGAUCACAGAUAUUUUUAGACUAAAAGGUCUAGUUCAAAACAGUAAUGAACGCCCUAAAUGGUCGCUGAUUGAUGCUUUUGUACUUUGGUUUCCAUUGGGAUUCUUUGGGGCCCAUUGGUGGUACCUGAAUCAGAGACCCCGUGCUAUUGCAUAUGCCUUUACUUUGGGCUAUCUCGGAAUUGGCUGGCUGAUCGACAUCAGAAGAAUUCCUGUUCAUGUGCGCUCGCUCAACAGAAAGUGCAUGUUAGCUGGGAUAAUUCAUGCUGAAGAUGCGGAAUCUCUUCAAUGGGACGAUAGUGACUUCAGCUCUGUGUUACUGCCUAAUGAUGGAGGAGGUUUGCUCAAAGUGUCUAAGAACAAAGUCCACUUGUCUCGGAUGACCUCGCGUACUGUUUGCUUGGAGUGCAGCGCGCCAGGAGUCUGUGUAAUGCCAUGUACUCACUUCUCGCUGUGUGUAGACUGUGUCCAGUCCAGUGAGCACUGCCCCCGCUGUAUUACUCCAAUCAAUGGUUGGGCCACUGUUGAUAUCUGAUUUGAAGACGUUCAUUAUUUUGGAAUGGGAAGGUUUUUUAUUUGUGGUUUUGCUUGUUUUUUAUGUUUGGGGUGAAAAAAGGUGCGGCUGCAUGAA